CGCGUUACCUUUUUCGUGACCUUACUGAAAUUUUUGAAAUGGCGGACGAAUCAACCCGAUUGAUCAUUAAAGGCAAGAGAAUCUUGCUGCCAGAUUGUGUUUCUUCGGGAAGUAUAAUCAUAGACAAGGGGAAGAUUGUUGGAAUAGAGAAAGGAAUGGAUACCGCUCAAUUACCUCCACGGACGAAGGUCAUAGAUGCAGGAGAGCUGGUAGUGAUGCCAGGAGUUGUUGAUAGUCAUGUCCAUGUCAAUGAACCUGGGAGGACAGAUUGGGAAGGGUUUGCAACAGCAACACAAGCUGCAGUAUCAGGUGGAAUCACUACCAUUGUGGACAUGCCCCUAAAUUCUAUUCCUCCCACCACUACCCUGGAUGGAUUUUAUACCAAACUUAACAGUGCUAGGAGCAAAUGUUGGACAGAUGUUGCCUUCUGGGGAGGGGUGGUACCAGGAAAUCAGGCUGAAAUAAAGCCCAUGGUGAAUGCUGGUGUUAAGGGUUUCAAGUGCUUUCUUGUGCACAGUGGUGUUGAUGAGUUUCCCUCUGUCACAGAGAGUGAUGUGAGGCUGGCCAUGGAGCAAAUGCAGGGAACAGAUGCUGUGUUUCUGUUCCAUGCAGAAGUUGAGAUUCCUCAAGAAACAGACAACGCAAGUCAAGAUCCUUCUAAGUACACCACAUUUUUGCAUUCCCGACCGGAAGCGAUGGAAAACCAAGCGAUUGAGCUGGUGAUCAAACUUUGUAAAGAAUACAGAGUACCCUGUCACAUUGUGCACCUUUCUUCAGCAAGUGCCCUGCCCAUGAUCAGGAAGGCCCGCGAGGAAGGUGUCCCUCUCACUAUAGAAACUACGCACCACUACCUGUCACUCCAAGCUGAAAAUGUGCCUGAUGGUGCCACUCAAUUUAAGUGCUGUCCGCCUGUACGAGAUGGCAAAAAUCAAGAAGCUCUAUGGGAUGCCCUUAAGUCACGUGACAUUGACUUAGUCAUUUCAGACCACUCUCCGUGCACUGAAGAUCUUAAGCUGAUGGACAGAGGGGAUUUUAUGGCGGCCUGGGGAGGAAUAUCAGGGGUGCAGUAUGGGUUAUCCAUAUUCUGGUCGCAGGCGUGUAACCGAGGUUUCUCUCUUCACGAUGUUGCUCGUGUAAUGUGCGAGGAACCCGCCAAGUUAAGUCGUUUGAGUCAUCGGAAAGGAAAGAUUGCUGUGGGCAUGGAUGCGGAUUUUGUGCUUUGGGAUCCUGAAGAACGAAUUGUGAUCGAUCAGAAGAUAACUCGACAUAAAAACAAGGUAACUCCAUACCACAACAUGACGUUGCAUGGAGUCGUUCACAAGACUAUCUUGCGAGGAAAUGUCGUGUACGAGCGGGACAGAGUCUGCGAUAUUCCAGCGGGUCAGCUCAUACUGGAAAAACCUUCACGAGGAGACAGCCUGAUAAAAUGAAAAAUAAAACAAAAUAGUGUAUUGAACACAUCCUAACCCUGAAACAAACAUACAAUGGUCCUUCCUGAAAAUUAUUAAUUAAAACUUAAAAGCUAAUCGUUCGUCUGUGACUAAGAAAUUGUGGGCUUUCGCUCGCAGCACGUAAGUUAUCCGAAAGCGAGUUCCAUUCCUAGAAUUAAAUUAAGUGUCUAGGAGAUGGCGUUACAAGUUUCCAUUUUAUGGAAAUAAAGGAUGGAUAUAGAAGAUGGAAAUAAUUUCAUGGCAUCAUUUUAUAAUAUCAAAGCGUUGUAAUACUAUAGGAGACUAAUGAUACACAAAAUUUUUCGAUUGCGUGACAUUCUUAGAAAAACAGGGACUUUCCCGAGGAAAUGAGUCAUAGCAUUGCUAUUUUUUUUUUAGGUCUUGUGAUGGUCGCAUGAUUUUUUUCACAUAAAUAGAAAUCUCACGUAAUAAUGUAAUGGAUUGUAAUUCAGAAAUUCAUGAUUAGUUUAAGGAUAUGGAACAUUUUUUUUGUCCAUUUUGUGAAGA